AAAAAGAGGAGAGAGAAAAACAACCUUAAAGAGAAAAUCAGUGUUCCAAACGUAGGCGCCAAUGUCCUAACUCCUAAUCCAGAAUCAUUGAUGGGACGAUGGCCCUUUGCGCAUAAAGGUUCUGGCGCCAAGAAAUUUCCCAUCAUCAUCAUCAACUUUGUUAAUAUUACACUCAACAAAAAUAUCAUUAUUAUUGUUUCUUUGGAUGCAUGUCCAAGAUUGCUUGAUCAUCAACAACGUUCAAGAACAUUAGGCAAUGUUUGCAUUGAUCCAAAAUCACGUGGUUUUUUAGGUGAUUUCCUUGGAUCUUUGUCACAUGCUAAAUAUAUAGAAGACCCUUAUUGAAUCUUUGGUUCCCGGAAGAUUUUAGAUGCAUUUGAAGCUAUCUGUAAUUGAUUUCUGCCAUAUUUUAUCCCAAAAUUCUGAUUAUUUCAAGCUACAUCAUUGGAGGUUAUAUUGUGAAAUUUGGGGUUAUGCAAAGGAAUAGAAGAAUUGGGUUUGGCUAUGGAUGGUGAAAAAUGGAACCAUGUUUUUGUCAUUUGGGAUUUUGAUGAAGGCAAUGUAGAAGUAUGUGCUUGUUGUGCAUGUUUUAGGGUUUGAUGAGAUAAUUAAGAAGCAUAACAAGCACAGGUUGGAAUGAAAAUCCAACAAUAUUAUUAUAUGGGUGUCAUAAAGGCUAGCUUUUGCAUUGUUUUGGUUCUUUAUCUUGUGGGAGCAAUUAUUAGUCUUGAAGAAAAGAGGAAGCAAGAAGCACAAGAAGAACUCCUUAUCCAACUAUUUGAUCCUAAAUCUGAAAUUUUUGAUAAAGAUACGGCAGAGUUAUUAUGGACUACUUGCUGGGAGGAUUUGAUUAAAAUUGAAGAUCUUGAUUCAUGCCCCAUACAAUCACCAAGUAACACGAAUGAAAUUAGUUUAGAAAGAGGAAUAAUAGCUCAAAGAAACAUUGAAAAUGUGAUUAACAAUUGCCAACCCCAAUUGAGGGAAGGUUUCCUUGAUUGCUUGAGAAGACACAAUCCCCUCAUCCAUGUCUCAAAGAACAGUUUGCAUGCAAGUUAUGUGAGAUUACUCUCUUCCAGAAGAAACUUGGGUCAUGUUUUGCUCCAAGAUGUGUCAAGAGCAGAAGAUGUUGGAGAUGAAUCGGUGCAAACUAAAACUAAAACGGAAAACACUGCUCCAAAAGAGAGUGGAAGCGAACAAAAUGUGUUUGUUAUCGUAGGUAUAACUGCAGUGUCAUCAUUUGGAAUUGCAGCAUUUGUUUUCAUAUUUUGUUGUAGAUGUAGCAGAGCAAAUGUUGAUCAAACUGAUGAGAAACCUCUUCUCAGCUUGUGUAGGACUGACUACUCCAAUGGGUCCUUUAACAGUAGAAAUCCUCCGCAGGAGUCAAUGAAAAAAGAAGACAGCAUUGAGACUCUUAUGUCAAGUAAAAUUUUAUUCGAUGACAAUAAAAAUAAAAACUUAGCGCAUGAAAUAUAUUCAAUGCGAUUAGCAGGACCGUAUGAAAUAAGUUCGGUAGGAUUAGGAGGAGCUGAUGCUUCUGUUGCCGCUUCGGCAAGACCAUCAAUGGACUUGAAACCUCCUCCCGGCAGGGUUGGACCACCGUUACCUUUGAAACCUCCUCCUGGAAGGCCAAAUCCUCCCUCCGACCCACCAAUUCCUCCUCCUUCCGCUGAUGAAAAUAAUCCUCCUCUUCCGCCUCCUCCUGCUGCUGAUGCUCCUCCUCCUCCUCCACCGCCAAAGCCGAGUAAUGCUCCACCACCUCCUGCACCGCCACCGAUUAGAGGUGGUGGGCCUCCGCCUCCUCCACCACCAGAUGGAAAAGGCCCUCCACCUCCCCCUCCACCAGGUGUGAAAGGCCCAGGCCCAGGCCCUCCUCCACCACCAGCACUUAAGGGAGGAGGUGGUCCACGACCUCCUGGACCACCUCCUCUAAAAGGUGCGAUUGGUGGGAAGGCUAGGCCUCCAGGACGAGGACCCGAAGGUCCUGGAGGUGUUCCCAAGCCAAAACUUAAGCCUUUCUUCUGGGAUAAGGUUCAAGCAAACUCAGAUCAGGCUAUGGUUUGGAAUCAGCUCAAAGCAGGAUCCUUCCAGUUCAAUGAAGAAAUGAUGGAGUCGCUUUUUGGAUAUAAUGCUGCUCAAGAAAAAUCUAAACCCGGAAUGAAGAAAGAAUCUCGUGAACAAACUCCUCAAUAUAUUCAGAUCAUUGAACCAAAGAAAGCACAGAAUUUGUCAAUUCUGUUGAAAGCAUUGAAUGUAACACUAGAAGAAGUUCGUGAUGCACUCCUUGAAGGAAAUGAAAUACCCCCAGAAUUCCUAAACACUUUGUUGAAGAUGGCCCCAAGUCAAGAGGAAGAACUAAAGCUC